CCCAAAGCCCCAUCCACCUUCCUCUGGUCCUGGAUCACCCCACCUAACCACCCUCCCUUCAAAGACUCAGCAGCUCUCAUUUGGCUUGCCACCCUCCCCCCCCUCUCUGGACCUCCUUCCUUGGACUGCACCCUAAAACUUGAAGAAGGAUCACCCUAAAGUCCAUCCACCUUCAUCGGAUCAACACCCCCGUCCCUAGGGGUCGUCUCUUCCCGUGCUAACCCUCCUCCCCCGCUCAGGACCCCCCUCCAGGAGGACAGCAAACCCCCCCCCCCCUUCAUAUUUUGAAAAGUGAUUGCACCACUGGCAUCCACACGGACUGGAUCACCUCCUGUAGUGGAUCUCACGGAACCCCCUUCAAUGUUGGGGUGUCCCACAGCCUCCUGACCCCCCCUUCCCUCUCCAGGAGUCUUCAGAAGAAGAUUGAAGCACAAGAGAUCAAGGAGGGGUCAUUCCAACCGACCACCUUGUCUGGACCCCCCCAUCAAGAUUCAUUUUACAGAGGGGUUCCCCCCUGGGUCACUGAGCCCCCCCAAAGACCUCUCCCUUCCAGCCAUGGAUACCGCAUCAACCUCAACUUUUGAUUCAGAGGACGGAACGCCGAACUACCAGCGGAGGAGGACGGUGGAGGAUUUCAAUAAGUUCUGUACGUUUGUCUUGGCCUAUGCCGGCUACAUACCGUACCCAGAAGAGGAGACUCCACUCCGAGCCGGGUCCAGCCCUCCGAACAGCACAGGAAGCACCGUGGACAGCGACAGCUGGGACUCCAGGUUCCAAGACAUCCCGAGCACAGAGGUCCUCCCAAUCAAAAAACGAAGACAUUUUGGGGAGCUGAAACAUGAACGCUCCUAUCCUUCCAUGAUGAAACACUCCAAGUUCAGCGGUUUCCUCCUGGAACGGAAAAAGCUCGACAAAAUCAAGAAAAAGAAAAAGCUGAAGAAGAAAGAACAGCAAAUGGUGAAGGAGGAGGAGGAGCAGUACCUCCAAACCGUCAUAAAACUGGAGCCGGAGAACCCCUAUCCAGGAGAGUUCAUUCCACCUCCAAUCCCAGACCACCCACUGGACCUCAAGAUGUCCCCGCCGCACCUCAAGAUGUCCCCGCCGCACCUCAAGAUGUCCCCGCCGCACCUCCCGCCGCACCUCAAGAUGUCCCCACCGCACCUCCCGCCGCACCUCAAGAUGUCCCCGCCGCACCUCAAGAUGUCCCCGCCGCACCUCAAGAUGUCCCCGCCCCACGAGAUGGAGGAGCCGAUGCUGGAGAGCUGUAAUAACAGUAUGGACAGUGCAUCCAUGACCAUGGUCUCUGACGACAUGGAUGAGAUAAAGACUGAGUACACAGAGGUGAACCUGGGGAAACGAACGGUCAUACGACAGGGAAAGCAGGUGGUGUUCCGGGAUGAAGACGGCUCAGGCAACGAUGAGGAUAUCAUGGUGGAUUCAGAUGACGAAUCCUGGCACCUCGUCACAUGCUUUUGCAUGAAGCCGUUUGCCGGUCGGCCGAUGAUCGAGUGUAAUGAGUGCAAUACUUGGAUCCACCUCUCCUGUGCCAAAAUCCGCAAGUCCAACGUUCCAGAGAUUUACGUUUGUCAAAAGUGCCGAGACACGAAAUUCGACAUCCGGCGAUCAAACCGCUCGCGCAUGGGAUGUAGGAAGUUAUUUCUGGACUGAAAAAAAAAAAAAACAAUAAUAAUAAUAAUUUAUAGAGAAGUGAUCGGUGUGUAGAGACGAUAAGCCGCAACAGACGCACAAAGGACAUUUUUAUGUUUCCAUCCGGCACACUUUUACAGACAAUGGUUGGUUUUCGGUUUAUUUUUGAUGGCCCAGGCGGAGAAGUGGGAGUCCAUGUGGCGACUGCUGUCUGUGGGACAAAAAAAAACAGGCGGCUGGUGUUUUUUUUUUUUUUUUAUACCGAUUUCCGCAGGGCACCGCGGGGGUUAUUAUAGGCCUAUGAUGAGACUUUACGUUAAUAAUCGCCCGUAUCGCCAACGGUGUAGACCAAAAUGAUGGACGGAAUUUUCAACCGCCCAGGGACGGGACGGGACUGUCGCCGAGUAAAGUUUAUUUUGUUAACCUUGCAGUUGAACUUUAGUUUUGUAGUCCUAUAAAAAGCCACAGUUGGCUGUAGAAGACCAGAUUAUAUGAAGAAAAUCUUGUGUGAAUGUGAUUUUUUUGUUUUUUUGUUUUGUUUUUCAGUUUCUUUGCGUUUCUUUGAACCUUCUGCCCAGAAGACAUUUCUUGCACAUGGGACCGGGAAAAAGCAGCUUGCUGUAAAUAAGUGCUAAAUAGAAAAACUAUAAUUUCCCAAUAAAUGUUUAUUUUCACUCCCUC